GAAACGCUUGUGGAUCAUUGAGAGCUGCAGGAACAGCUCGCAUUACGCCGUAUUGGUCCUAUUAACGCGAACAGGAAGGUUGAGAGUCGCACCCCCGCUGUGCCCAUUCACUUAUUUUUACUUUAAUAACCGAAAAGUGAGAGGACAAAGACGAGCCGUGAGCAUGGCAGCCUACAAACUGGUGCUGAUUCGUCAUGGGGAGAGCUGCUGGAACCAGGAGAACCGCUUUUGUGGCUGGUUUGAUGCCGACCUCAGCGAGACCGGUGUGCAUGAGGCUAAGAGGGGCGGAGAGGCCCUCAAAGAGGCCGGCUAUGAGUUUGACAUUUGCUACACCUCGGUGCUGAAGCGGGCUAUCCGCACUCUCUGGAUUGUUCUGGACAGCAUUGACCAGAUGUGGCUGCCCGUGCACCGCACGUGGAGGCUCAACGAGCGCCACUACGGAGGCCUGACGGGCCUCAACAAGGCCGAGACAGCCGCCAAGCAUGGUGAGGAGCAAGUCAAGAUCUGGAGGCGCUCAUAUGACAUCCCCCCACCUCCCAUGGAUGGUGACCAUGACUACUACACCAUAAUCAGCAAGGACCGUCGCUACGCCGACCUGACUGAAGACCAGCUGCCUACCUGUGAGAGUCUGAAGGACACAAUUGCUCGUGCCCUGCCCUUCUGGAACGAGGAGAUUGCACCACAGAUCAAAGAAGGCAAGCGAGUCCUGAUCGCUGCCCAUGGGAACAGUCUGAGGGGUAUUGUGAAACAUCUUGAAGGCAUGACAGAGGAGGCUAUCAUGGAGCUCAACCUGCCUACAGGAAUCCCCAUCCUCUAUGAGCUGGAUAAGAAUCUGAAGCCUGUGAAACCUAUGCAGUUCCUGGGGGAUGAGGAGACAGUGCGCAAGGCUAUGGAGGCUGUGGCGGCCCAGGGAAAGGCCAAGAAAUAAAGGGUCUUUGAAACCACUUGAAGAAGGGGAAGCUGGGGAGAGGGUGUCAGGGUAACUGUGUGUGCUGGGUGCCCCAGCGAAUCCCAGCUUUCCACUCACAGGGGCUCUCAUGCUCCAUACAUACAUCACAGAAAUAGACAUCAUGGCACAUAAUUCUUAGUAGCUACCACUUUCCUACAUAAAGCAAUGCGUCAGUACUGUUGGCUGAACACAAAAUUCUAAAGAAUAAGUGGGGAAAAAAUAGAUGUUAAAUACUAGGGACCAGUUUUAAAUCCAUACCCAAACAAUUCAGCAGUUAUUCAUUCCAGAAAUGAAUUGUGCUUAAACAGUUCAACCCUUUUUCUUUUGAAAUUACCCUGUUUUGUAACAUUAAAUAGACCACUACUUAUAUAUGUUCCCUUACAUUGAAAUGAAGUGGAUAUAGUGUCUUUCAGAAAAAAGUAAACCCUCAUGUCUGUCAGUCUUUACUGCUUGUUGCCAUGUAAACUGUUCUCCACAGACUAGAAGAUGUAUUUUUGUUCCUGAUGCAUAUGAAGGUUGGAAAUGCACUUCACACAUUUCUUCUCAACUUGAAUACUGUGUUCUUAGCUCUGUCACGUGACAGUAAUGUUUUUUCCUCCCUGCCUCUAUAUGUCUCCUUUCACUGUUAAAAUGAGACAUUGAUGAAAUACUGUAUCCAGUCAGUCACUGUUCUAAAGGCUAGUUUACUGAGGAAGUACUCUGUUUUUACCUCAAUGCUGUGUGGGGGGGGGGAGACUAGGGUCCUGUUUCCUUUUCCCUUUGACUUUCCUGCAUAAUGUUGCUAAUGUAGUUUACGAAGCCCUGUGUACGAUGUUUCUUUGUACAUCCAGUUGCCUUUUCCCCCCCCCAGACAACAGAGAAAGCUGAGUGCACGGCCAUCAUUUCCAGUGUACGGCUCUGUGAAGACCUCUCCGUUCCUGAAUGUAUGAAAAACCCUUGAACUCUGUGGAUGUAGACAAUGUUAGACCAGUGGAAAGAUUGGUGUUUCAGGCAUAAUGGUUUAUUUGAACCUUUAUAAUGUUAGUUAUUCCAUUUUUCAGCCAAAUUCUGAAGAACGUAUUGCUAUUCCACGACUGCUAAUGCGUGUUCUCUAACCUGUGCAUUUAGGGUUUUUGAAUCCACAAGUGUUCUGUCUUUGUUGCUAGUGACUUGAUGGAAAGCUUCACUUAGCUGGGCUUGUGGCAUUCCUUAAAUAUACACUGGGUCCCACGUGCAACUAAUAAAUGUGACAUCUGCACACG